UUUUUAUAUUUUGCUAUAUAAAAGAGUACAAUAGCACGAUCUCAAGCAUUUGCUUAGUGAAUUUUUCUCUUCUCAUCCAAAAGCGCUAUGGGACCGUCUUUGGAUAAACUUAUUUUUGUAUUGAUUUUUGUAAAGAUCAGUGUGAUUGAAAGUAAAGCAUUACUUGGUGGAUGUUCUUGCGCCACAGCUGUCCCUUUGUCAGUUACUAUCCCAGUUGCUCCACCACCUCUGGUAGUGCCAUGUCCAACUCAUGGAUAUAAAAUUGAGGUGCCUCCAGCUCCAUGUGCGGCACCAAAUGUUGCGUUGUCUUUGGAUAUGGUUGUUGAAGCACCUUUACCACCUAUUCCACCACCAGUUUGUAACCCGAACUUGAUAACCCCAAUCCUCGCAGCUCCCUUACCGGCACCUGAUUGUGAUGAGCCGGUCGCAUUACCUGCACCUACCCCAUGUGCAGCAUGUGCCGCAGCACCUCCUGCUGCACCACCAUGUGCAGCAUGUGCCGCAGCACCUCCAGCUGCACCACCAUGUGCAGCAUGUGCUGCAGCAGCUUUACCAGCAGCUCCACUUCCAGCAGCAUUGCCAGCACCUCUACCAGCUGCUCCAGCCCUUCCUGCUCUUUCAACUCUCCCUGCUCUUAGUGCUCUAGCUGCUCUUUCAGCCCUUGCUUUACCAGCACUUCCUGCUCUUGCUGCUGCUGCUCCUCCAGCUCUAGUGGACGAUUUUAGUGGAGUGGCCCCACUCAAAGCACCUUUGCCGACCCCCACGGUUUAUCAGCUAAUAGCUAAAGCAGCCCCAGCUGCUCCUGCAGCUCCACUUCCACCUGCAUACUCACUUCCUCUUUCAGCUCUCACCAGCCCUUGUGCGUGUGGAAAAUGCCCACCCGCUAAACCAACAUGUAGUGACAUCAUAACAUAAUGUGUUGGCUGCGGGGUAUAUCAAGCCAAAUGAUUGAAAGAGAGCGAGGAAGGAAAUCCAAUUUUAAAAAAUUAAUCUACUACAUGCUUCAAUUAUAAACAUUUUCUAAAUUUUGUACAUUAAAUACUUUAAAGGUAAAUAAACCAUAUUUCU